AUGUAUGAGGCAGAGAGAAGCCGUGAGUCAUAACCCAGUGACAGAGGAGGAGCUCAUCCAAAUAUAUGUUAAAUACUGGGCUUUUAAAAACAAAACACUCCAUACCCAUUGUUUUCAUUAGUUGGUACCCUUUGGCGUGAGUUUAGUGGGUAAUGAGGAAAGAGCGAAGGAAAGAGCGGUUGGAGUUAGGGCUAUAGGGGAGAUCAAAUGUGUCAGGCAGCACCACUUCUGUUCAUUAAAUCUGUCUGCAGGAUAGCUUGCGACUGAUAAUGUAUAGGACAUGCUAGUCAAUCCAGCCACGCGUCGACUAUGUGCUCUGUGCGCAUGUGAGAAUUGGAUUCUGGGAUUUAGAGAGGUUGGGGUGAGAAACAGGGGUGGGGGGAGAGAUGAUUGGACCGGGAGGCAGUUAACCUGGAGAGCCUGGUAGUAAUUCCUGCAUCCAUGUAGAGAAGUAUUUUUCCCGUUGAAGAGCCAGCGGAACCGUUUUCCAGUCAUGGCUUUGGUGUGGCUCAAGGAGCCUGCGGUUAUACGACUCUCUGAGUGAGCCUCCGCCAGACAGAUGCGGAACAGAACCCGAGAGAGAUACAAAGAGGAAGAGAAAUAGAGAAAGAGACAGAUGUAGAGAGAUUUAGAGCAAAUUAAAGAGGCACCAGGAGACAGUCAGGCACAGAAGGAGAGGGAGGAAGGGAUACUGGCUAGGAUGCCACUGGGGACACCAGUUAGUACUGACAUCAUUUGAUCUAUGACUCAAAAGGGGACUUGUUUUUUUACCAAAUGCUGCUGAUUAUUUCUCCAGGCAUAUUUUGCUCUAAGGGAUGGGGAUGUGAAAAGUCUGCUUUGCAUCAAAUCAAUGUUUUUUGGUCGUGUACACAGUUUUGCAGAUGUUAUCGCAGGUGCAGUGAAGUGCUUAUGUUUCUAGCUCCAACAAUGCAGCAAUAUCUAGCAAUACAAUAACAAUACACACAUAAUAAGAAAGUUAAUCCAAAUAGAAGACAAGAAAUGAAGACCUAUCAGAACGAGCAAUACACAGGAGGUUGAUGGCACCUUAAUUGGGAAGGAUGGGCUCGUGGUAAUGGCUGGAGCAUAAUGUGGAAUGGUAGCAAAUACAUCAAACACAUUCCAUUCGCUCCAUUCCAGCCAUUAUUAUGAGCUGUCCUCCCCUCAGCAGCCUCCACUGGAGCAAUAUCAGAACGAGCAAUGUCAGCAGAGGCAUGAUGCCCAUAGAUUUGUCCUGUUUAAAAAAUAUAUGCAGUAUAUACACCGAGUGUACAAAACAUUCAGGACACCAUAACAUAGAUUGACCAGGUGAAUCCAGGUGAAAGCUAUGAUCCCUUAUUGAUGUCACUUGUUAAAUCCAAUUCAAUCAGUGUAGAUAAAGGGGAGGAGAAAGGUUAAAGAAGGAUUUUUAAGUCUUGAGACAAUUGAGACAUGGAUUUUGUGUGUGCCAUUCAGAGGAUGAAUUGGCAAUAGAAAAAAAUGGAAGUGCCUUUGAACGAGGUAUGGUAGUGGGUGCCAGGCACACGGGUUUGUGUCAAGAACUGCAACUCUGCUCGGUUUUUCACGCUCAACAGUUUUCCGUGUAUAUCAAAAAUGGUCCACCACCCAAAAGACAUCCAGCCAACUUGACACAACUGUGGUAAGUAUUGGAGUCAACAUGGGCCAGCAUCCCUGUGGAACGCUUUCAAUACCUUGUAGAGUCUAUGCCCCGACAAAUUGAGGCUGUUCUGAGGGCAAAAGGGGGAUGGGGGGGGGGGGGGGGGUGCAACUCAAUAUUAGGAAGGUGUUCCUAAUGUUUGGUGUACUUAGUGUAUAUCUGGGGAAGGGUAUAACACAAUUUCUAGAGUGUUGAACGUUUCGAAGAGCACAGUGGUCUCCAUCAUUGCGAAAUUGAAAAAAUAUGGAACUACCCAGACUCUGCCUAGAGCUGGCCGUCCGACCAAACUGAGCAACCGAGCAAAAAGGAACUUGGUCAGGGACCAAGAACCCAAUCACCACUCUGACAAAACUACAGAGUUCCUUGGAUGAGAUGGGAGAACCUGCCAGAAGAACAACAGUCUCUACAACACUUCACCAAUCUGGGCUUUAUGGGAGAGAGGCCAGACAGAAGGCACUCCUGAGAAAAAUGUAACUCCUUGGCCUGAAUGCAAAGCACUAUGUCUGGAGAAAACCAGGCACAGCUCAUCACCGUCUAACACCAUCAGUACCGGUGGUGGCAACAUCAUGGUGGUGGCAACAUCAUGCUAUGGGAUGCUUUUGAGCAGCAGGGACUGGGAGACUGGUAAGGAUAGAGGGAACAAUUAAUGGAGCCAAAUACAGGCAAAUCACUGAUGAGAACCUGAUUCAGAGUGCAAAUGACCUUAAACUGGGGCAAAGAUUUAUGUUCCAACAGGACAAUGACCCCAAGCGUACAGCCAAAGCAACGCUGGAAUGGCUUUAGAACAAGAAUGUGAAAGUCCUUGAGUGGCCCAGCUAAAGCCCAGACUUGAAUCCCAUUGAAAAUCUCCCCAUCUAAUUGAACAAAUCUGCAAAGCUUGAGACAAUCUGCAAGGAAGAAUGGGAGAAAAUCCCCAAAUCCAGAUGUGCAAAGCUGAUACAGACAUACCCAAGAUGAUUCAAAGCUGUAAUCGCCGCCAAAGGUGCUUCGACAAAAUAUUGACUCAGGGGCGUGAAUACUUAUGUAAAUUAGAUAUUUAUGUAUUUCAUUUUCAAUACAUUUGCAAAAAUGUCUAAAAACAUGUUUUCACUUUGUCAUAAUAGGGUAUUGUGUUCAGAUGUGUAACAACAAAUCUAUUUAAUAUAUUUUGAAUUCAGGCUGUAACACAACAAAAUGUGGAAUAAGUCAAAAGGUAUGCAUACUUUCUGAAGGCACUGCAGCUAGGAAACAUUUCAGGCUAUCAAUCAGGUUAGAGUAGCUAGCUUGUCUAACUAUCUUAACUGGCAGGCCUGCUGGCUGGUAGUGGUUGGUAGUAUUUAGAAUAGCAAGCAAUAACUAAAUUUACAGAAUUAGACUCACAUUCCAUUCAAUCUUUUACCCAGAUUUGAGCAGAGACGCAGAGAAGCAUAUUUCAUCUGCAUGCUUUCCAGCCGAAACAGUUUAGAAGAGUUUGUGCAUAUAUUAUGAUGACAUUUUGUGACGUUUUUGUUCGUUUAUGACUUCGGUGAGGGUUUUUUAGGCUGUUCGGGCACACAACAUUUUCUGGAGACAAGCCUAAAUCGGUGAUUGGUCAACAGUAGUGAUUCUUCAAUAAAGUAGUUGUUGUCAUUCACCUAGAGACAAUUUGUUUUCAUGCAAAUUUUUUUAUUGAGAAAUACUUCACCAAACAUCUUAGUUAGAUGUAAAAUUGCGUGACUAAGAUCUCCUCGACAAAAAACGUAAAAAUGAAUGACAGAUAUGUCUUUGAUUAAUUCAGAUUAUUUUGGGGUCAUUGUCCUGUUGGAACAUAAAUCUUCACCCCAGUUUAAGGUCAUUUGCACUCUGAAUCAGGUUCUCAUCAUUGAUUUGCCUGUAUUUGGCUCCAUUAAUUGUUCCCUCUAUCCUUACAGCGUCUCAAAAUGGACAAACAGUACUUUUGCCUUUUAUUUUUAUUUUAUUCAAGCGAAGGUCUUUUAAGGGAGUAUGCAAGCACACUAGAUGAGUUCGCCUAGGCGGUAGCCGAACUGAAGCAUGCUGACACCUUUAUGGUCGGGGGGUCUAGCCAUCCUUGCGUACUUUGUGCCCCCUCAGACUUUUGGGGUGAAUGAUGCCCCUGAAUGUCAGAGUCCGGAAUAUACAGUGCCUUCAGAAAGUAUUCGGACCCCUUGACUUUUUCCACAUUUUGUUACGUUACAGCCUUGUUUUUUCCCCCCUCAUCAAUCUCCACACAAUACCCCAUAGUGACAAAACGAAAGCAGGUUUUUAUAAAUUUUUCACAGUCCCUGCCGCUGAAAAACAUCCCCACAGCAUGAUGCUGCCAACACCAUGCUUCACCGUAGGGAUGGUGCCAGGUUUCAUCCAGAAGUGACGCUUGGCAUUCAGGCCAAAGAUUUCAAUCUUGGUUUCAUCAGACCAGAGAAUCUUGUUUCUCAUGGUCUGAGAGUCUUUUGGUGCCUUUUGGCAAACUCCAAGCGGGCUGUCAUGUGCCUUUUACUGAAGAGUGGCUUCCGUCUGGCCACUCUACCAUAAAGGCCUGAUUGGUGGAGUGCUGCAGAGAUGGUUGUCCUUCUGGAAGGUUCUCCCAUCUCCACAGAGGAUCUCUAGAGCUCUUUCAGAGUGAUCCUCGGGUUCUUGGUCACCUCCCUGACCAAGGCCCUUCUCCCUCUGAUUGCUCAGUUUGGCAGGGCAUCCAGCUCUAGGAAGAGUCUUGGUGGUUCCAAACUUCUUCCAUUUAAGAAUGAUGGAGGCCACUGUGUUCUUGGGGACCUUCAAUGCUGCAGAAUUUUUUCCAUAGAUCUGUGCCUCAACACAAUCCUGUCUCGGAGCUCUAUUUCAGUUUUUUGUUUUUAAUACAUUUGCAAAAAUGUCUUAAAGCCUGUUUUUGCUUUGUCAUUAUGGGGUAUUGUCUGUAGAUUGCUGAGAACUUCUAUUUGUUUAAUGCAUUUUAGAAUAAGGCUUUAACUUAACAAAAUGUGGGGAAAAGUAAAGGGGUCUGAAUACUUUCCGAAGGCACUGUAAAUGUAUAUGUAUGUGAAUAGUUUAUAUAGACAGUAUAUGAAUAGAAUAGAAAAGGUGUGUACAGCAAUAGUUAUAUAGGAUGAGCCAUGACUAGAAUACAAUGUAUACAUAUAAAGUGGGUAUAACAGUACAGUAGAUGCUUAUUUUACACGUUUCUAUAGUUUAUUAAAUUACAGUAUGUCGGCAUUGUGUUAUUUAUACACUUUAAUUUACUAAAUCAUGUACACUACAUGGCCAAAAGUAGGUGGACACCCCUUCAAAUUAGUGGGUUUGGCUAUUUCAGCCACAUCCGUUGCUGACAGGUGUAUAAAAUCGAGCACACAGCCAUGCAAUCUCCUUAGACAAACAUUGGCAGUAGAAUGGCCCGUACUGAAGAGCUCAGUGACUUUCAACAUGGCACCGUCAUAGGAUGCCACCUGCUAGAGCUGCCCCAGUCAACUGUAAUUGCUGUUAUUGUAAAGUGGAAACGUCUAGGAGCAACAACUGCUCAGCUGCGAAGUGGUAGGCCACACAAGCUCACAGAACGGACCACCGAGUGCUGAAGCGCGUAACUUGUAAAAAUAGUUUGUCCUCAGUUGCAACACUCACUACUAAGUUCCAAACUGCCUCUGGAAGCAAUGUCAGCACAAUAACUGUUAGUCGGGAGCUUCAUGAAAUGGGUUUCCAUGGCCGAGCAGCCGCACACAAGCCUAAGAUCACUAUGCACAAUGCCAAGCGACAGCUGGAGUGGUGUAAAGCUCGCUGCCAUUGGACUCAGGAGCAGUGGAAACAUGUUCUCUGGAGUGAUGAAUAACACUUCACCGUCUGGCAGUCCGAGGGACAAAUCUGGGUUUGGCGUAUGCCAGGAGAACGCUACCUGCCCAAAUGCAUAGUGCCAACUGUAAAGUGGUGGAGGAGGAAUAAUGUUCUGGGGCUGUUUUUCAUGGUUUGGGCUAGGCCCCAUUGUUACAGUGAAGGGAAAUCUUAACGCUACAGCAUACAAUGACAUUCUAGACCAUUCUGUGCUUCCAACUUUGUGGCAACAGUUUGGGGAAGGACCUUUCCUGUUUCAACAUGACAAUGCCCCCAUGCACAAAGCAAGGUCCAUACAGAAAUGGUUUGUCGGGAUUGUUGUGGAAGAACAACAUCAGUGCCCGACCUCACUAAUGCUCUUGUGGCUGAAUGGAAGCAAGUCCCUGCAGCAAUGUUCCAACAUCUAGUGGAAAGCCUUCCAAGAAGAGUGGAGGCUGUUAUAACAGCAAAGGGGGGGGACCACCCCAUUUUAAUGCCCAUGAUUUGGCCUGGUUAGGAGGGAGGCCGGGAAGAAGGGAGGGAGGGAGGGAGGUGAGGGAGGGAGGGAGGGAGGUGAGGGAGGGAAUGAUGACGGCCAUAACGUGAGGGAAAACUUGUCUGUUUGCAAACCGAAUAGUUGUCACCUUUUUUUUGUAAAGUGAUGAAUGAAGGACUUUGUUUCCUGCCCUGGCGGGAUGGCCAACUUAUUUUUUACACAAGUCAGCUGGGUCCGGAUGAAAGAUAAACAUUUAAUCUCGGGGGAUAAUGCGGAAUAACUGCCAGAGCUGGCGGUGGUAUACAGUUUGUUGAAAGCCAGAUGCUGAUGAUUCGCUCCAGAGGCGGGAGACUGGCUGGUGCCCCAAAGCAGAAUCUAAUCAGGACUGGAGGCCCACUUUGAUGAUGGAGCUUACUGGCCCCUACAGAAAGGAGUGUGUGUGUGUGUGUGUGUGUGUGUGUGUGUGUGUGUGUGUGUGUGUGUGUGUGUGUGUGUGUGUGUGUGUGUGUGUGUGUGUGUGUGUGCGUGUGAAUGUGAAUGUGUUUCAUAACACACAGACACCAUAAAUUAUUUAAAUAAUACGUCUACAGUAUAUAGUGUGACCCAAUUGUGUAACAAGCAAUAUGUUACCUACUGUAAGACCCAGAGAGUGCUAAGGAAUCUUUGGUGGCAGUCAGUUUCACUCCUGCACUGGUACACCCCUACCACAAGACACUAUACAGAUAAGCUUAUACAGUAAAGUCCAUGUAAACUGCCCCCCAUUCCCCCACCCAACCACUAGUGCCAGGAACAUGGCAAAUUGCUCUGCAAAUUGUUGCAAGGGUGACAGAGCCAUGCCACAAACUCCAAGCCACAGUCAUUAUGGGUUUUAAAAAGUGGAAAAUUAUAGCGUGUUUAUAGGCAAUGUUGAGAGGGCCAUUUUUCAGAGAUCCUUUAAUAUUUGAUUGCUUGCCAACCAACCACAUGCAAUUCUUGUGGACUAUCUUUAUUCUGGUACACUGGAAUGUCCUCGCACGUCAAUCAUCAAAACGUAUGCACAAACCCAUUACUCACCCAAAACAUUACCAGACGUGUCAGUCUGCUUCUGUGAAGCGGUCCAUUCUGAACUGACACCAGUAAUUAAUACAACAUUGUUCAGUAUUCUACCCUGUUGUUCUGAUGCCUUAUUGAAUCUUAACUUAACCCUCCCGUUGUCCUAGGGUCAAAAUGACCCGCCACUGUGUUGAACCAACUUUAUUUAAUUUUUAUAUUUUUGGGAUCAUUUGUGAGAAGGAGGCAGUGAGACUUUAAAGAAAGUAUCACUGCCUCCUUCUCACAAAUGAUCCAAAAAAUAUACAAAUUAAAUAAAGUUGGUUCAACACAGUGACGGGUCAUUUUGACCCUAGGACAACGGGAGGGUUAACUUAACUCACUCUACCCCUUCUCUUGUCUUUCACAGAGACUGAACUUGGUGAUCAGAACCGGGUGCUUGCCAGCCAUGGCUCCAACGUCACUCUACCAUGCCGGCUCCACCGCCAGCAUGGGAUAUCCUUCGGCAGCGUGGGCAUGAGAAUCAAAUGGACCAAGCUGUCUGCGGACGAGUCUCUGGAGGAGGAUAUCUUGGUGUCCAUGGGAUUCCACAAAAAGAGCUACGGCAGCUUCCAGGGCCGCGUCCACCUGCUGGAGGCCAACGAUGACGACGCCUCACUGGUCCUCAGCGAUGUGUCCCUAGACGACAUGGGAAAGUUCCGUUGUGAGGUCAUUGAUGGCAUUGAUGAUGUCAUCCAUGAGGUUACCUUGGAGGUGCUAGGUAGUGUAGGCUACAGCGAUGGUAAAUCCUUCUAUCUUUACUUCUGCCACCAGCUCUGCGAUGGCCGUCAUCUCAUCAUCCUGCACUUCCUCAUCACCCCCCUCCAUUUUAUCUUGUCUUUUUGUUGAUGUUAUACUUUACCUUGUAAAUAGAGAGGAGUUUUUCCAGACCAAGUGGCCUGACCUGCAGGGGUCAUUUAGCAGACGCUCUUAUAAGGUUAAGUGCCUUGCUCAAGGGCACAUCGACAGAUUUCCCCCCCAACCUAGUCGGCUCUGGGAUUUGAACCAACGACCUUUCGGUUACUGGCCCAACGCUCUUAAGCGCUAGGCUCCCUGCCGCCCUAGUCCUACCCAUGAACUACUCUCUGGUGGAAAUUAAUGGUUUCAAGACCAGAGCCAAUAAAUAUAUUUCACGGACUGGCUGUUCCCUUAUUUUCAACACCUCACCACCACAUUAUUGAUUUCUUUGUAGAGAGACAAAAGACGAAAGACAUCUUUUGUUCAUUUAUUCAAAUUUUGUGCUGAGUACAUUCACGCAGUCUUACACUGCAGUAAACUAAAACACAUUUUCCGUCUGAACUAAUACCUACUCCACAUCUAUCCAGACAUCCUCCUUACUCAUACCAUUUGUAUAAUGAUGAAAUAAGUCCUGUUCUUCCUUUUAACAUGUGGAACAAAUACAACCACAUGGCAAAUCAUCUAUCGGUUAAACUGAGUCAGCCUAAAUGCAUCCAAUACUAUUACAUGGUCCUCGUUCCUAUCUGGGCCAAGACCGCCAAGAACGCCUGAGCAGAUUUGGCUCUUGGGUAAGAAAAGGGAUCUUUAACAGAAAUAAACUAGUUCGCUAGCCAUAAUGAAAACAUGCUGGUACAACUAGCCAUUGUUAACAUUGGAACAAAAUAGUCCAAUAAAAAACCUCAAUGCUGGUUGUGAUUUUCCUCAAAGUACCGGUUAUCAAAUCAAAUGUUAUCUUGGUGUCGGCUGUACACAUCUGACAGUCCAGCACUCUCGUACUUAGGCUACCAUGGGAUGCAGGGUUUUGUAACAGAUGCAACUACAGAUGCUGAUAUAGCAAUGCCAGGCUAAUCUACUGUCUUACAGUAUGAAAAAUGUAUGCACUAACUGUAAGUCGCUCUGGAUAAGAGCGUCUGCUAAAUGACUCAAAUGUAAAUGUAAUGGUUCCUGCUUUAUCGGCUCCUAGUCGUUUCUUAACCAUUCCCAAAGGGUAAAGAGACAAGGUGCUGAUUUGUCUUGGGAUAAACAGGCAGUGGUCAAAUACCAUCCUCUCUGUUAGCUACAGUAGCAGUGACACAAAGCAAAGACGGGGGUUGAAUGCAAAUGUCUUACUCAGGCCAUUUACGAUUGAAAGAAAUUAAGGGGUGGCUCUCCCAUAGGCAUCAAUGCAAUAGCAUCUGGGUCUGGUCUACUUAGUUCAUUGACUGUACAUGAACCAGAAAAAAUUUGGGAGUGGAAUGUCUCGCUUCCUCUUACGUCUCUGACACAAAGUACAUUCAUGAAGGCUGAAGAAGUGCUGUUGAGGUCCAAUUCUGUGCUCUCCAAGAACAUGUCAACAAUCACCAGAGCCUGAUGAUAGCCACCUUCCCCUCAGGGUUUUCACAUUUGGGUGGAGGCUGGACACAUAAAAUACUGAACAGGACAAUAGACCAGCAAAGUCUGAGUCAAGGGAAUUAAUUCCAUUACAGAACCAUCCCACUCAAGGUGCUGUUUUACAGCUGUUAAUGACAUAACUGAACCACCCAAUGAUUGACACCAGAAGUUCCAUUUGCGGGACACAGUUGAUCAAUAUAAUGGAAUGUACAAGUUGUUCUGGUCUAACAUACUUACAUACAUCUUAAUUUGAGCCAGUUUGCUACAGCAGGAAAAUAAUCCUGCAGCAACAGGAAAUGUGAAUUAUGAUGUGGAUUUUAAUUAAUGGACAUUUUUGUAGGGGUUGAUACAUUUUUCGUAAUGAAAAAUCAGGUCUGACAUUUCAAAGUAGAAAUCACAAACUUCAGAGGCCCUUUUAAACCUCAAAUACACUACAUGUUUUAGAUUUCCUGCAUUGCAGGAAAUAUCUCCAGCAACAGGGUGAUCAAAUUAAGGUCCUGCAUCUGUAGCUUGGCAGUUGCAGGCUAAUUAAAACAUGAACAUCUUGUUUGGUAAAAACAGCAGAGAUCACACCUACCUUGCGUGAGAUGAAUCUCCCUUCCCUGCUGAGUGGCAGACAGCCACAAAAUUAGGCAGUUAGCGAAGUCUGGAAUUUCUCUGUCUCUCUGGAGAUGGCUGCUCUUUUAACGCUCACCAGGAGCCGCAAGACCAAGAAGAGUAAUGGCUUACACUCACUAACUUAUACUAUCAGAUCAUAUGUCAGAAACCCCCAUUCCCUCAUCACUGGUCCGGUCUAGACCCAGGACCACACACAUUCUUCAUCCCACUGGAUGUCUGGGUCUGUAAACCGACAGUAGGACGAGUGUGUAAAACAGAAAUCCAAAAUUCUCUCUUCCAUACGCAUUCUGAAACUGGAAUUACAAACACAGUGCCACUGGUUGAAAGGAAGAAUGGUCUGUAUUCAGUUUAGAGUAAUAUACGUCACCUACAGUAUGUUUUAUGUGUAUCUGUAUGCUUUCAUUUACAGUAUAUUUCUAUCUACUGUAUGUACAGUGAGGGGAAAGGGUAUUUGAUCCCCUGCUGAUUUUUUACGUUUGCCCACUGACAAAGAAGUGAUCAGUCUAUGAUUUUAAUGGUAGGUUUAUUUGAACAGUGAGAGACAGAAUAACAACAACAAAAUCCAGAAAAACGCAUGUCAAAAAGGAGGUUAUAAAUUGUUUUGCAUUUAAUGAGGGAAAUAAGUAUUUGACCCCCUCUCAAUCAGAAAGAUUUCUGGUUCCCAGGUGUCUUUUAUACAGAUAACGAACUGAGAUUAGGAGCACACUCUUAAAGGGAGUGCUCCUAAUCUCAGCUUGUUACCUGUAUAAAAGACACCUGUCCACAGAAGCAAUCAAUCAAUCAGAUUCCAAACUCUCCACCAUGUACAAGACCAAAGAGCUCUCCAAGGAUGUCAGGGACAAGAUUGUAGACCUACACGGCUGGAAUGGGCUACAAGACCAUUGCCAAGCAGCUUGGUGAGAAGGUGACAACAGUUGGUGCGAUUAUUCGCAAAUGGAAGAAGCACAAAAUAAAUGUCAAUCUCCCUCGGCCUGGGGCACCAUGCAAGAUCUCACCUCGUGGAGUUGCAAUGAUCAUGAGAACGGUGAGGAAUCAGCCCAGAACUACACGGGAGGAUCUUGUCAAUGAUCUCAAGGCAGCUGAGACCAUAGUCACCAAGAAAACAAUUGGUAACACACUACGCCAUGAAGGACUGAAAUCCUGCAGCACCCGCAAGGUCCCCCUGCUCAAGAAAGCACAUAUACAUGCCCGUCUGAAGUUUGCCAAUGAAUAUCUGAAUGAUUCAGAGGAGAACUGGGUGAAAGUGUUGUGGUCAGAUGAGACCAAAAUUGAGCUCUUUGGCAUCAACUCAACUCACCGUAUUUGGAGGAGGAGGAAUGCUGCCUAUGACCCCAAGAACACCAUCCCCACUGUCAAACAUGGAGGUGAAAACAUAAUGCUUUGGGGGUGUUUUUCUGCUAAGGGGACAGGACAACUUCACCGCAUCAAAGGGACGAUGGAUGGGGCCAUGUACCGUCAAAUCUUGGGUGAGAACCUCCUUCCCUCAGCCAGGGCAUUGAAAAUGGGUCAUGGAUGGGUAUUCCAGCCUGACAAUGACCCAAAACACACGGCCAAGGCCACAAAAGAGUGGCUCAAGAAGAAGCACAUUAAGGUCCUGGAGUGGCCUAGCCAGUCUCCAGACCUUAAUCCCAUAGAAAAUCUGUGGAGGAAGCUGAAGGUUCGAGUUGCCAAACGUCAGCCUCGAAACCUUAAUGACUUGGAGAAGAUCUGCAAAGAGGAGUGGGACAAAAUCCUUCCUGAGAUGUGUGCAAACCUGGUGGCCAACUACAAGAAAUGUCUGACCUCUGUGAUUGCCAACAAGGGUUUUGCCACCAAGUACUAAGUCAUGUUUUGCAGAGGGGUCAAAUACUUAUUUCCCUCAUUAAAAAGCAAAUCAAUUUAUAACAUUUUUGACAUGCGUUUUUCUGGAUUUUUUUGUUGUUAUUCUGUCUCUCACUGUUCAAAUAAACCUACCAUUAAAAUUAUAGACUGAUCAUGUCUUUGUCAGUGGGCAAACGUACAAAAUCAGCAGGGGAUCAAAUAUUUUUUUCCCUCACUGUAUGUCUAUCCCUGUUCUCUCCUCUCCGCACAGGCUAUACAACCUUCUCACACCGCGUGGCUGCUGCCACUCUAACCUGGUGGUCCCUGCACGCAUGACCCACGUGGAGUUCCAGGUCUCCGGCAGCCUCUGGAACUGCCGUUUUGCGGCCAACAAGGCAGAGUUCAUCUCAGCCUAUGCUACCCUCCAGUCCCUCGACUUCUUGGCGCUGACAGAAACAUGGAUUACCACAGAAAACACUGCUACUCCUACUGCUCUCUCCUCGUCUGACCAUGUGUUCUCGCAUACCCCGAGAGCAUCUGGUCAGCGGGGUGGUGGCACAGGAAUCCUCAUCUCUCCCUAGUGGACAUUCUCUCUUUCUCCCCUGACCCAUCUGUCUAUCUCCUUAUUUGAAUUCCAUGCUGUCACAGUCACUAGCCCAUUCAAGCUUAACAUCCUUAUCAUUUAUCGCCCUCCAGGUUCCCUUCGAGAGUUCAUCAAUGAGCUUGACGCCUUGAUAAGUUCCUUUCCUGAGGAUGGCUCACCCCUCACAGUUCUGGGUGACUUGAUCCUCCCUACGUCUACCUUUAACUAAUUUCUCUCUGCCUCCUUCUUUCCACUCCUCUCCUCUUUUGACCGCACCCUCUCACCGUCCCCCCCUACUCACAAGGCAGGCAAUACGCUUGACCUCAUCUUUACUAGAUGCUGUUCUUCUACUAAUCUCACUGCAACUCCCCUCCAAGUCUCCGACCACUACUUUGUAUCAUAUUCUCUUUCGCUCUCCUCCAACACUACUCACUCUGCCACUACUCAGAUGGUAAUGCGCCGUCGCAACCUUCGCUCUCUCUAUCCCGCUACUCUCUCCUCUUCCAUCCUAUCAUCUCUUCCCUCUGCUCAAUUCUUCUCCCUCCAAUCUCCUGAUUCUGCCUCCUCAACCCUCCUCUCCUCCCUUUCUGCAUCAUUUGACUCUCUAUGUCUCCUAUCCUCCCGGCCGGCUCGGUCCUCCCCUCCUGCUCCGUGGCUUGACGAAUCAUUGCGAGCUCACAGAACAGGAAAUGGAGGAAAACUAGACUCCCUGCGGACCUGGCAUCUUUCUGCCUCUGUUUCUGCUGCUAAAGCCACUUUCUACCACUCUAAAUUCCAAGCAUCUGCCUCUAACCCUAGGAAGCUCUUUGCCACUUUCUCCUCCCUGCUGAAUCCUCCCCCCUCUCUGUGGAUGACUUCAUCAACCAUUUUGAAAAGAAGGUUGACGACAUCCUAUGCUUUGACUUCUUUCUCCCCUCUCUCUCCAGAUGAAAUCUUGCGACUUGUGACGGCCGGCCGCCCAACAACCUGCCCGCUUGACCCUAUCUCCUCUUCUCUUCUCCAGACCAUUUCCGGAGACCUUCUCCCUUACCUCACCUCGCUCAUCAACUCAUCCUUGACCGCUGGCUAUGUCCCUUCUGUCUUCAAGAGAGCAAGAGUUGCACCCCUUCUCAAAAAACCUACACUCGAUCCCUCCGAUGUCAACAACUACAGACCAGUAUCCCUUCUUUCUUUUCUCUAAAAAACUCUUGAGUCUUGCUAUCUCUUUUAGAAUGACCUUCUUGAUCCAAACCAGUCAGGUUUCAAGACUGGUCAUUCAACUGAGACUGCUCUUCUCUGUGUCACGGAGGCUCUCCUCCCUGCUAAAGCUAACUCUCUCUCCUCUGCUCUCGUCCUUCUAGACCUAUCUGCUGCCUUUGAUACUGUGAACCACCAGAUCCUCCUCUCCACCCUCUCCGAGUUGGGCAUCUCCAGUGCGGCUCACUCUUGGAUUGCGUUCUACCUGACAGGUCGCUCCUACAAGGUGGCGUGGCGAGAAUCUGUCUCCGCACCACGUGCUCUCACCACUGGUGUCCCCCAGGGCUCAGUUCUAGGUCCUCUCCUAUUCUCGCUAUACACCAAGUCACUUGGUUCUGUCAUAUCCUCACAUGGCCUCUCCUAUCAUUGCUACGCAGACGACACACAAUUCAUCUUCUCCUUUCCCCCUUCUGAUAACCAGGUGGCGAAUCGCAUCUCUGCAUGUCUGGCAGACAUAUCAGUGUGGAUGACGGAUCACCACCUCAAGCUGAACCUCAGCAAGACGGAGCUGCUCUUCCUCCCGGGGAAGGACUGCCCGUUCCAUGAUCUCGCCAUCACGGUUGACAACUCCAUUGUGUCCUCCUCCCAGAGUGCAAAGAGCCUUGGCGUGAUCCUGGACAACACCCUGUCGUUCUCCGCUAACAUCAAGGCAGUGACGCGAUCCUGUAGGUUCAUGCUCUACAACAUUCGCAGAGUACGACCCUGCCUUACACAGGAAGCGGCACAGGUCCUAAUCCAGGCACUUGUCAUCUCCCGUCUGGAUUACUGCAACUCGCUGUUGUCUGGGCUCCCUGCCUGUGCCAUUAAACCCCUACAACUCAUCCAGAAUGCCGCAGCCCGUCUGGUGUUCAAACUUCCCAUGUUCUCUCAAGUCACCCCGCUCCUCCGCACACUCCACUGGCUUCCAGUUGAAGCUCGCAUCUGCUACAAGACCAUGGUGCUUGCCUACGGAGCUGUGAGGGGAACGGCACCUCCGUACCUUCAGGCUCUGAUCAGUCCCUACACCCAAACGAGGGCAUUGCGUUCAUCCACCUCUGGCCUGCUGGCCCCCCUACCUCUGCGGAAGCACAGUUCCCGCUCAGCCCAGUCAAAACUGUUUGCUGCUCUGGCACCCCAAUGGUGGAACAAGCUCCUUCACGACGCCAGGACAGCGGAGUCACUCACCACCUUCCGGAGACACUUGAAACCCCACCCUUUUAAGGAAUACCUGGGAUAUGAUAAAGUAAUCAUUCUACCCCCCCCCCCUUACCCCACCCCAAAGCGAAAAAUAAAAUAAAAAAUAUUGUAAAGUGGUUGUCCCACUGGCUAUCAUAAGGUGAAUGCACCAAUUUGUAAGUCGCUCUGGAUAAGAGCGUCUGCUAAAUGACGAAAAUGUAAAAUGUAAAAUGUUAUACAUUUAUUUGCAUUUUAAUGAGGGAAAUAAGUAUUUGACCCCUCUGCAAAACAUGACUUAGUACUUGGUGGCAAAACCCUUGUUGGCAAUCACAGAGGUCAGAUGUUUCUUGUAGUUGGCCACCAGGUUUGCACACAUCUCAGGAGGGAUUUUGUCCCACUCCUCUUUGCAGAUCUUCUCCAAGUCAUUAAGGUUUCGAGGCUGAUGUUUGGCAACUCAAACCUUCAGCUUCCUCCACAGAUUUUCUAUUGGAUUAAGGUCUGGAGACUGGCUAGGCCACUCCAGGACCUUAAUGUGCUUAUUCUUGAGCCACUCCUUUGUUGCCUUGGCCGUGUGUUUUGGGUCAUUGUCCUGCUGGAAUACCCAUCCACAACCCAUUUUCAAUGCCCUGGCUGAGGGAAGGAGGUUCUCACCCAAGAUUUGACGGUACAUGGCCCCGUCCAUCGUCCCUUUGAUGCGGUGAAGUUGUCCUGUCCCCUUAGCAGAAAAACACCCCCAAAGCAUAAUGUUUCCACCUCCAUGUUUGACAGUGGGGAUGGUGUGGGGCAGCAUUCCUCCUCCUCCAAACACGGCGAGUUGAGUUGAUGCCAAAGAGCUCGAUUUUGGUCUCAUCUGACCACAACACUUUCACCCAGUUCUCCUCUGAAUCAUUCAGAUGUUCAUUGGCAAACUUCAGACGGGCAUGUAAAUGUGCUUUCUUGAGCAGGGGGACCUUGCGGGCGCUGCAGGAUUUCAGUCCUUCACGGCGUAGUGUGUUACCAAUUGUUUUCUUGGUGACUAUGGUCCCAGCUGCCUUGAGAUCAUGGACAAGAUCCUCCCAUGUAGUUCUGGGCUGAUUCCUCACCGUUCUCAUGAUCAUUGCAACUCCACGAGGUGAGAUCUUGCAUGGAGCCCCAGGCCGAGGGAGAUUGACAGUUCUUUUAUGUUUCUUCCAUUUGCGAAUAAUCGCACCAACUGUUGUCACCUUCUCACCAAGCUGCUUGGCGAUGGUCUUGUAGCCCAUUCCAUCCUUGUGUAAAUCUACAAUCUUGUCCCUGACAUCCUUGGAGAGCUCUUUGGUCUUGGCCAUGGUGGAGAGUUUGGAAUCUGAUUGACUGAUUGCUUCUGUGGACAGGUGUCGUUGACACAGGUAACAUACUUAGAUUAGGAGCACUCCCUUUAACAGUGUGCUCCUAAUCUCAGCUCGUUACCUGUAUAAAAAGACACCUGGGAGCCAGAAAUCUUUCUGAUUGAGAGGGGGUCAAAUACUUAUUUCCCUCAUUAAAAUGCAAAUCAAUUUAUAACAUUUUUGACAUGAGUUUUUCUGGAUUUUUCUGUUGUUAUUCUGUCUCUCACUGUUCAAAUAAACCUACCAUUAAAAUUAUAGACUGAUCAUUUCUUUGUCAGUGGGCAAACGUACAAAAUCACCCGGGGAUCAAAUACUUUUUUCCCUCACUGUAUAUAACAUGCGUAACUAUGCAAUGGGUUUCUAUCCACUGUGGUGAUUACAUUAAAGACAUAAAAUAAACAUUAAUGUAAGGAUACAUUCAAAAUAGCACAUGUCAUAAAAAGGAUAAAAACAAUUUUCUGACUUGUUAAAAGAGAACAAUUCAUCUUACAUUAUACAAUGGGUGGGUCUACUCCUGAAUGCUGAUUGGUUAAAACCGCAUCCCAACCGGUGUCUAUUCCACAAGUUACUGCCCGGCUAAAGCUAUGACGUUGAAAUGCCUAUUCACUGUUCUAUCUGACUGCGCAAUCCUCUGUCUCAUCAGCCCAGCUAGGCAAUUCAUAAACUUAAUCUCCACUAUAAAAAGUAUUUAGACGUUAUCUCCCAUUUCUUUUGGACUAACAUUUGGUUUUCAACAGCGGAGAUUUGUAUUAACCUGUCUCUCCGAAAUUUGCAACAUUGUUUCAAUAUUGAAAUUCGAUCUCCAGCUGUCCUAUAGUAAUGAACAUGUCAGGAGUUGGGACAAGCCAGUUGAAAUCAUGAAUCAAAAUUAUUUACAUGGAUAUGUACAAAGAAUGUCAAUAAAAAAACACGAAACACAACUAGUUUGCUGUCAUUCCAGCUUCAGUUUGAAAUGAUUGUGUUAGCUGUGUAGUUGGCUAGCUCCUCUGAACAGUGGCCUGGCAAGAAAGCAAAUGUUCUAUGCCAGGCGAAAUCGUGCAUCAUUAGUUCAUUGUUAUGGAUGCAUCCCCCAAAAAAGUACUAGAAAACAGCUUAAACAAACGCAAAUGCAGCUACUUUGCUGUUAUUCUGGGUGCACUGUUUGACGUGACUGUGUUAGCCGAAGUUGGCUAGCUAGCAAGCAAGGCAUAAGAACGUUGCCAGCCAUCAUGGCAACGGAACAUUUAGAACAAACGACUGGGUCUCGUCCAUAGAUUUAGAACAAAAAUACUUAAUGACUGGGUCGCAUCUCUGGCAACCGAACCGAUAGAACGAACAAAUAAAUUAAACAAAAUAACGUUUUUAAUGAAAAUAUGUCAAUCAUUAUUUGAAUAUGUUGUUAACCCGUUAUAUAAACGUGAUAAUGCCCUCAAAGUCAGUUGUUUGGAGGAUAUAUUGGCACGGUUUGCCGGGCCCUCGACGAAACAACACCCUUGCCAAUAUAUCCUCCAAACACUGGCUUCUCUGGCAUUUUCACUUAAAUAGAAUAGUGAGUUACGUUGGCAUUUUCCUGAGUGGGAGCUCCAUUCAGCGUAAGAGCCAAAUGCACUACUGUCUAACAUUAACCCCAGCUCCUUUCUCAUUCCCAGGUGUGGUGUUCCCUUACUCCCCACGGCUGGGCCGAUACAACCUCAACUUCCACGAUGCCGAGCAGGCUUGCCUGGACCAGGACUCUGUGGUGGCCUCCUUCGACCAGCUCUAUAAGGCCUGGAGGAGUGGCAUGGACUGGUGCAAUGCUGGCUGGCUGAACGACGGGUCCGUGCAGUACCCCAUCACCAAACCCAGAGGGCCCUGUGGAGGUGCCAAUGCCGGGGCGGGCCUGAGGAACUACGGCCAGCGUGAAAAGUCCAAGAGCCACUACGAUGUCUUCUGCUUCACCUCUGGCCUCAAGGGUGAGUUGGUGUCUCCUUCGUGUGCAGUGUGUUAUGUGUCAUUAAGACACAAUUAUUCAAGUAGCAGAAAUAGAUGGACAUACAUUACAGUAGGCCAGAGUUCAUCAACAUUUCUAAUUGACCUUUUUGUAAAGUGAGGCAGAAGGCCCCCAACCCAACCCAAAUCUUCUGUUGACUUUUGGCCGUCUUCUCCUCUCUGACCCCAGGUCGUUUCUACUGGCUGGUGCAACCCGACAAGCUGACGUUCGCAGAGGCUGUUCAGGCAUGCCAGGAUGACGGGGCUGAGAUCGCCAAUGUGGCCCAGAUGUACGCUGCCUGGAAGCUGAACAGUUAUGACCGCUGCGACUCUGGCUGGCUGGCUGACGGCAGCGUCCGCUACCCCAUCUCCAGACCCCGCAGGAACUGCAGCCCGACAGAGGCGGCUGUGCGCUUCGUGGGAUUCCCCGACAAGAAGCAAAAGCUCUUUGGUGUCUACUGCUUCAAGGGCCAGCAGUGAAGAGGGAAUGCCAGGACUUAGCCCUGAGCACAAAAUCAACAUAACCACCAAAGAAAAACAACAACGACAACAACAACAACAAUUACACCAAUGCAUGCCGGGAAUUAAUUUGCAUGAACUAGCAUGAGCUCAUUACCUUACCAAAACUGUGAUAACCUUUUUUUUUUAUUCUUACCAACCAUGAAUAUUGUAAAAACUCAUUUUCAUACUGCAAUUAUCAAAAUGUAUUUUGUAAGCUGAAACAAGAGAUAUUCCUUAACAUUUUCAGUCAUGUAAUAUGUUGGUCAUAUAAUAACACAGCACUAUGGUUGAAAUUG